AUGGAGGCCGCCACCUCCGGCAACUUGGUAACAGGGUCUCACCACAAGAACGAGCUGAUAUUGAUCAGGACUGAACUUCCUGCUUCUGCAAAAGAUGAGUGGGAAGAGUCGUGCAGUGGGCAGAGUUGCAGGAUUUGCGGCGACCAGAUAGGUCUGAAUGCCGACGGUGAACUGUUUAUAGGCUGCAAUGAGUGUGCAUUCCCCAUAUGCAGAACUUGCUACGAUUACGAGCGCAUAGAAGGGACUCAAAUCUGCCCAAGAUGCAAGACCAGGUUCAGCCGUCUUAAAGGGUGUUCCAGAGUGCGCGGAGAUGAGGAAGAAGAUGAUGCAGAGGACGUGGAAGAAGAGUUUAACUUUGGUCAAGAAAACCAUGGAGGAGGAGGAGGAGGAGGAGAAAGAGAGGCUGGGAUGUUGCAGGAUGAUGAUGCUCACAAUCACUUCGCCUUGGAUUUGGCUUACCCUGGUGCUCUUAGUCCUCCACCUCAAUUCCCACUCCUCACCGAUGGUCGAAUGGCCACUGAAGAUCAUAUGGCUGUCACUCCUUGUAACGCCCACCAACAUGCUUUGGUCGUCCCAUUAUUUGUGGGUGCUAGUAGCCCUGACUUUAGAAGGCAUGAGCAAUCCUCCUUUCCAAAUAGUCCGUUUCCUCCAGGCCAACCCAGAUCCAUGGAUCCCUCCAAGGACUUGACGGCGUAUGGCUAUGGAACCGUCGCUUGGAAGGAGAGGAUGGAGAUGUGGAGGCAACAAAAGGAAGCCAAGCUGCAGCUGAUGAACAAGGAAGACGAUGACGACAAUGACCCGAUUGCCUGGAAUGCUGAAAAUGAUGAUCAUGAACCUGCACUGCCGCUGAUGGACGAAGGAAGACAACCACUAUCACGAAAACUGCCCAUCCCUUCGAGCCAAAUCAAUCCUUACAGACUAAUCAUCCUAAUCCGACUCGUGGUUUUAGGAUUCUUCUUCCACUACAGAGUCUCCCACCCUGUGACCAACGCUUAUGGACUGUGGCUAGUUUCGGUAAUCUGCGAAAUCUGGUUUGGCAUUUCAUGGGUUCUUGAUCAGUUCCCCAAGUGGUUCCCCAUAGAGAGAGAAACGUACCUGGACAGACUAUCACUAAGGUACGAGAAAGAAGGGCAGCCAUCCCAACUUUCUCCGGUGGACGUAUUCGUGAGCACGGUGGAUCCACUAAAAGAGCCGCCUCUGGUCACAGCAAACACCGUUCUCUCGAUUCUAGCCGUUGACUACCCGGUCGACAAAGUGUCGUGUUAUGUCUCCGACGAUGGUGCUGCCAUGCUAACGUUCGAAGCGCUGUCUGAAACGUCCGAGUUUGCCAAGAAAUGGGUGCCUUUUGUUAAGAAGUACAACAUUGAGCCCAGGGCGCCAGAGUGGUACUUUGCUCAGAAAAUUGAUUACCUCAAAGAUAAGGUGCAUACUUCCUUUGUCAGGGACCGAAGAGCCAUGAAGAGAGAAUAUGAAGAGUUCAAAGUGAGGAUUAAUGUGUUGGUUGCCACUGCUCUAAAGGCCCCAGAGGAAGGAUGGAUAAUGCAGGAUGGAACUCCAUGGCCUGGGAAUUCGAUUCGCGAUCAUCCUGGAAUGAUCCAGGUUUUCCUUGGACAAAGUGGAGGAGAUGACGAGGAUGGAAACAAGUUGCCGCGUCUGAUCUAUGUUUCGAGAGAGAAAAGACCAGGCUUCAAUCACCACAAGAAGGCUGGGGCAAUGAAUGCUCUAGUAAGAGUUUCUGCCGUAAUAUCAAACGCACCAUACGUGCUCAACUUGGACUGUGAUCACUACUUCAACAACAGCAAGGCUCUGAGAGAAGCAAUGUGCUUCCUCAUGGAUCCCAUGCAAGGAAAGAGAGUAUGCUUCGUACAGUUCCCUCAGAGGUUUGAUGGUAUCGACAGAAACGAUAGAUAUGCCAAUCGAAAUACUGUAUUCUUCGAUAUAAACAUGAAGGGUCUAGAUGGAAUUCAGGGGCCUAUAUACGUUGGAACAGGAUGUGUGUUCAGGAGGAGAGCACUCUAUGGCUACGACGCUCCCACGAAGAAGAGACGAGGCGGCAGAACUUGCAACUGCAUGUUUAGCAAAUGGGAUUGUGCUUCUUUCUGUUUUGGAAACAAGAAGACGAACAAGAAGAAGAAGAAGGUCCAGAAACCAAAGCUUGAGAUGAUGAUGCAAGCUAGCGAGUCUCGAGCUGAUCUCGAGGCCACCGGACAUCUGCCUACUGGUAACAACAAGGAAACCCCAACCGAGAAACCUCACCUGAAGUUGCAGAAAAAGUUUGGACAAUCUCCGGUGUUCGUGGGGUCGACCCUUUUGGAGGAAGGUGGCACUGUGCAAACCUCCGGCCCGGCGUCUCUGCUCCAAGAGGCUAUUCAUGUCAUAAGCUGUGGCUACGAGGAGAAGACAGAUUGGGGGAAAGAGGUUGGCUGGAUAUAUGGGUCGAUUACAGAGGACAUAUUGACUGGGUUCAAGAUGCACUGCCAUGGAUGGAGAUCAAUCUACUGCAUUCCUGAGAGGCCUGCUUUCAAGGGUUCGGCUCCCAUUAAUCUCUCCGACCGUCUUCAUCAAGUCCUCCGAUGGGCGCUUGGCUCGAUCGAGAUCUUCCUGAGCAGGCAUUGCCCUCUGUGGUAUGGCUAUGGAGGUCGGCUCAAAUUGUUGGAGCGUUUGUCCUACAUCAAUGCCACCAUUUAUCCACUGACCUCGAUUCCCUUGAUGGCGUACUGCACUCUCCCGGCGGUUUGCUUCCUCACCGGCAAAUUCAUCAUCCCGGAGCUGAACAAUGCAGCCAACCUAUGGUUUCUAUCACUAUUUAUCUGCAUCUUCGGCACGAGCCUUCUGGAAAUGCGGUGGAGCGGGGUCGGGAUCGACGAGUGGUGGAGGAACGAGCAGUUUUGGGUGAUCGGAGGCGUGUCGGCGCAUUUGUUCGCGGUGUUUCAGGGGCUUCUGAAGGUGAUCGGAGGAGUGGACACGAAUUUCACGGUGACGUCAAAGGCGGGAGGGGUCUGCAACGGUGGGGAUGAGUACGAAGGGAUCUCAUCGGAGCUCCAUGCGUUCCGGUGGACGACGCUCCUCAUCCCGCCGACGACGCUCUUGAUCGUCAACUUGUUUGGGAUCGUUGCGGGGAUUGCGAGCUUCUUGAACGACGGGAAGGAGUCGUGGGGGAUCUUGUGCGGGAAGCUCUUCUUUGCGUUUUGGGUGAUGAUUCAUCUGUACCCUUUCCUCAAGGGGCUUUUGGGCCGGCAGAAUCGGACUCCUACGAUCAUCAUCCUCUGGUCCAUUUUUCUUGCCUCGGUUUUCUCGAUUUUGUGGGUUAGGAUUGAUCCCUUCGAGCCCAAGGCCAAUGGGCUGGUUCUUGAAGAAUGUGGGCUGGAUUGCGAAUAA